AUGGCUGACUUCACAGGUGAUCCAGAGACAGUCAAAGACAUGGAAGAUCUGACAAAAGGGUUGGAGGAGCUCUGUGAGAGCUCUAAGGAGUGGAGAGAGGAGGCACCGCUGCUUUCAUACUUAGAACAGCAUAAUCAUCUUGUCUCUAUACUGAAGAAGAAAGUGGAUGACACACAUGAACGCUGCAGAGACCUGGAGCAGCUCAACAUGGAGCUGAAGAAACUGAGGGCAGAGGAUGCUGUGAAAGUUAAAACCCAGACCCAGGGUAUUCAGUACUUGGAGGGGCGCUUCAUAGGUCUGGUCAAAAACCAUUGAAUAAUGAUCCAGUUCAAAAACUAACACAAAAAACGGCACAUGCAGCUGUGGGAGGAGAACAAGCACCUGCGGCAGGACAGGGAAGCACUCUUCAGGCAGGCUGUGAGGGAGAAGGAAGCUGAAGUACUCCGGCUGGCAGCCCAGGCCAAGAAGCUCUCACUGCAGUUAUGCUCCUUGCAGGAGAAAUGUGCUUAUGAGAGUCACAGAGCCCGGGAGCGAGAGAAGGAGUUGCUGGAAGCUCAGAGCCAGCAAGCAGAUGCCUAUGCCUGGGAGGUGGAUUCACCGAAGAAGCAGCUGCAGCUCCUACAGGAGAGGCACCAACAAGCUGCUGCAAGGGCUGAGCAGGCAGAUCAGCAGAGGGCUCAGGGCAGUGAACUGCAAGCCAAGCUGGAAAGGGCACAUGAAGAGAAAGAGCAGCUACGGAACCUGGCCAUGGAAAGGAGCAAAGCUCUGCAAGAUAAGGAGAUUCAGAAGCUGGAGAAGCUAGAGACCGUGGAAGAAGUCUUGCAGAGGGCAGGAAGGUGCCUCGAGAAAGAGGCAGCAGCAGCAGACAAAGAUCUGAAGGUUCAAGAGCUCCUAGGACAGCUAGAACACAGCAAGCAGCUGUCCAAUGAACUCUUGUUGUGGCUCAACGCUUACAGAAAGCACAGUAUGGAUUUGCUGACUAAAGAGAGAGCUGUGAAUGUCAAACUCCGUCACUUUGUUGCAUAA